GCUAUAUAUAUGACAGUUUUACACACAUAAAGCCGUAAUGUGGUAAUAUUGUCUUGCUCUGCCUGAGUUAUUCCUUUUUCAGUGCAGUCAGUUGUGAGUAAGGUUUCGACCUGGGAGGAACACACGAACACGGGCGGCAUUGAAACAUUGACCACUCAGCUAGCAAUCAUGCACUUUGGAAAUAUGAAACUAGUGAUUCUCCUAGUAUCGCUGGCAGUCGUUGCACGCGCGGAAUGGUCGUACUCCGGAGCUUCCGGGCCAGACUUCUGGGCGCUGGAGUACCCGGCCUGCUCCAAGGCCCGCCAGUCCCCGGUCCAGAUCAUGCACGAGGAGGCCAUCGCCGAUGAUGAUCUAAAUUCAUUCCGUUUCCAUGGUUACGACGACAUCCAGACGUUGGACAACCUCACCGUCUGGAAUGACGGCUACACUGUGACGGUGCGUGUGCACGGGGACCUGGCUAUCGAGGGCGGUGGUCUUGAGGGUAUGUACGCCCUGCAGCACUUCCACUUUCACUGGGGAUCCACAGACCGCUUCGGUUCCGAGCAUUUCCUCGACGGAGAGGCUUACCCGCUAGAGAUGCACCUGGUUCACAAGACCGUCCGUCACCGGAAGAUUGCUGCUGCCUUGGAAGACCCCAAGGGACUGGCUGUGCUCGGAGUGUUCGCCAAGAUCGGGCGGCCCCACCCCUACUUCCAGGCCAUCAUAGAUAACCUUAGGCUUCUCGACAUCGGCGACUACGCGAACGUGCGUCCGUUCCCGAUGAGCGAGCUUUUGCCUGGCAACCGGGAGACGUACUACCGGUACAACGGCUCCCUUACCACCCCGCCCUGCUCCGAGAGUGUCGUGUGGACUGUGUUCCGAGAACCCAUCGAGAUCUCAGAGGAACAGAUUGAGCAGGUGCGUAUGUUGUCCAAGAUCUCUAACGUGACGGACAACUACCGGCCCAUCCAGAGCCUCAACGGUCGCCGCAUAUUCGUCCGCAAUCAGCCUGCCACCAGCGUCUACGGCGCCAAAGAAUCCAUCAACAAUCCUUCCGGUGACGCCGCCCUGCCCCUCGCUUCCCUUUUCCUCAUCCUGGCGCCACUCGUUGCUGCCGUCUUGAAAUUUAACUAUACGUGUAUGGAUGGACGCUGGUUCCUGACAUGUUCCAAGGGACUGGCUGUGCUCGGAGUGUUCGCCAAGAUCGGGCGGCCCCACCCCUACUUCCAGGCCAUCAUAGAUAACCUUAGGCUUCUCGACAUCGGCGACUACGCGAACGUGCGUCCGUUCCCGAUGAGCGAGCUUUUGCCUGGCAACCGGGAGACGUACUACCGGUACAACGGCUCCCUUACCACCCCGCCCUGCUCCGAGAGUGUCGUGUGGACUGUGUUCCGAGAACCCAUCGAGAUCUCAGAGGAACAGAUUGAGCAGGUGCGUAUGUUGUCCAAGAUCUCUAACGUGACGGACAACUACCGGCCCAUCCAGAGCCUCAACGGUCGCCGCAUAUUCGUCCGCAAUCAGCCUGCCACCAGCGUCUACGGCGCCAAAGAAUCCAUCAACAAUCCUUCCGGUGACGCCGCCCUGCCCCUCGCUUCCCUUUUCCUCAUCCUGGCGCCACUCGUUGCUGCCGUCUUGAAAUAUUGAGGAAGUGUCGACACGUGAUGCGCGCUGUGGCUGUUACCGCGGAGUGAAAAGGGAAAGGGGGCGGAGGGAACUGGCCGUGUGGACUGUGCUUGUGACAUUUUAAUGAGCCGUUAGUUAACUGUACUGCCCCGUCCCUCGCAGAAGCAGCGUUAGCACGCGGACACAUGCAGACUGCAAGAUGUUGGAUAUUGCAAUUCCCCUUCUUCGAUUACCUUUGAGCAAAAUACUCGUUUGUUUUGAUAUGCUCUGGGGCCAACAUUUCUGACGAGUGAUAUUGGUCCCAGAUAUGUGUAAGUAUAGGGAUCUGUCUCAAACACAAUUCGUUGGGGAAGGCACGCUCUUGCCAGGAUUUACUAUACGGAUUGUUACAACCUUUUGAUCUUUUAUAAGCUAAAUGCUUCCACUUUUUGUUCAUGUAUGUUUUAUUAAUUUAAUAACAAACAUUUUUUUUUAAGUUGUCGCCCUCCCCACCAAAGGUUUGGUUUAAGGAAGAGCCUUAAGUAGGUCUAGCAUGACGGAUAUAUGCUCUAUGGAUUUAAAUCUAUGAUUUAUUAGUAUGUUGGAGUCAUCAUUGAUAUUUACAUUUUUCUUGCCAUGAGUAAAAUUUUACUUUUGUAAAUCAAAUUGUGAAUAUAUAGAUAUUUGUUAACAUUAGUUAUUGUAUUUGUUAUUUUAGUCCUAUUUAGAACUGCCAAUGAAGAAAUACACUGACGUUUGAAUAACACUGGUUUAAUCAUUUUAAAAGUUACGAUGUUGAAAGGGUCCAAAUCCAUGUAUAAUAACAAAAACUUAUUUAAAAUCUUAGUUUCUAAUACUACUGUGUACGGCUGUUGAAAAACAAAACAAUGAAAGAUAAGCACAAAUGUGAACGUGUCCUGCUCGGUAUCAAAGUCUGAAUAUGGUCGUCAUUCAUAUUUGAUUACACCUUUUUCUUUUGAUAUCGUGUGACCGUUUUACACACAGUUUUACGUACAUGUUGGGGUCCUGUCAUCAAUAGAGGGGUACGUGUCCAUAUAGACGUUACAUAUACACUCAUCCUACAGUCUGCAGCAGUUCAGUUGCUUAGGUCUUUUAAGAUUCGUCUUAAAACUGAAACAUAUUGAAAAACCGCAGAGUAUUUUAAAACCUGCAGGAAGAAACAGAAUUUAGCUGGCCACUCGAAAGAUCAUAUCGCAUUUGUGCUUAAGUUGCAAUUCUUGUUUAUUAACGGCGACCAGUUCACUUAAAAUGUAAAUGGCAUUUUGAAGAUUUAUGGAGUUUGUUAUGACAAAGUAUUAUUUGACCUUAUAUCAUCAUAGUUUUUUAUAAAAGAAUAAAUAGUAUUGCUCUUUUCAGCAAUAUCAUUAUAAUUAUAUACCUUAUCAUUUUGAUUUAAUGUUUUGAUUUGUAACAAAUAAAUGAUGA